CCCGGCCCGCACCCACAUUUCCUCUUUUCAUUGUUUCAGCUAAAGUGUCAAGCACCACUCUGCACUUCUCCGGCGAUUUCCCGUUCUCUGACGGCGAAUCCUCCUCGUCGGACUGUUGUGUCAACCUCGGUGGAGGUCUAUACAUUCGCGGUCGCUUGGGCUUCACUCACACCUUUUCUGGCUCUUCGGUUUGGAACAACAAGCAGUCUCUGAUAUCAUUGUUGUUGGUUGAAAGACCAAUUCUCAGCCUUGUUCCCUUAAUUUGUUCCAAUGGGGGUUGAUAGACUUCUUAAAGAUGAAGCCACAGAAGAAAAGGGUGAGAGGGCCAGAAUGGCCUCAUUUGUUGGAGCAAUGGCUAUUGCUGACUUAGUGAAGACAACAUUAGGACCUAAGGGAAUGGACAAGAUUUUGCAAUCAACAGGGAGAGGAAGGAGUGUUACUGUUACAAAUGAUGGUGCUACAAUCUUGAAGUCUCUCCAUAUUGAUAAUCCAGCUGCUAAAGUUCUUGUUGAUAUCUCAAAAGUUCAAGAUGAUGAAGUUGGGGAUGGGACAACUUCUGUUGUUGUUUUGGCUGGUGAACUUUUGAGGGAAGCUGAAAAGCUAGUAGCAACAAAGAUACAUCCUAUGACAAUAAUAGCAGGUUACCGUAUGGCUGUUGAAUGUGCCCGCAAUGCUUUGCUGGAAAGAGUUAUGGAUAACAAAAAUGAUGCAGAAAAAUUUAAGUCAGACUUGAUGAAGAUUGCAAGGACUACAUUGAGUUCCAAAAUUCUCUCCCAAGACAAGGAACACUUUGCAGAAUUAGCUGUUGAUGCUGUCAUGAGAUUACAAGGGAGCACAAACUUAGAAUCCAUUCAAAUUAUUAAAAAGCCUGGAGGAUCUUUGAUGGACUCAUUUUUAGAUGAGGGGUUUAUUUUGGAUAAAAAGAUAGGUCUUGGUCAACCGAAGCGCAUUGAGAAUGCAAAGAUCUUGGUUGCUAAUACCGCAAUGGACACAGAUAAGGUUAAGAUUUAUGGUGCACGUGUUCGAGUGGAUUCAAUGUCUAAAGUUGCUGAGAUCGAGGCUGCUGAGAAGAAUAAGAUGAAAGAGAAGGUGGAUAAGAUUAUAGGCCAUGGGAUUAACUGUUUUAUCAAUCGGCAGUUGAUCUACAAUUUUCCAGAAGAGCUGUUCGCCGAUGCAGGAAUUCUUGCAAUUGAGCAUGCUGAUUUUGAAGGAAUAGAGCGGCUUGGACUGGUAACUGGUGGAGAGAUUGCAUCUACUUUUGAUAAUCCAGAAACAGUCAAGCUUGGUCACUGCAAAUUGAUCGAAGAGAUAAUGAUUGGUGAGGACAAGUUGAUCCAUUUUUCUGGAGUUGCAAUGGGUCAGGCAUGUACAAUAGUACUCAGAGGUGCAAGUUUCCAUGUGCUUGAUGAAGCGGAAAGAUCUCUGCACGACGCACUGUGUGUGUUGUCUCAAACUGUAAAUGACAGCAGGGUGUUGCUUGGAGGUGGAUGGCCGGAGAUGGUUAUGACCAAGGCAGUGGAUGAACUCGCGCGAAAGACACCUGGCAAGAAAUCUCAUGCUAUUGAAGCUUUCUCUAGGGCAUUGAUAGCUAUCCCAAUAACCAUUGCUGACAAUGCUGGUCUAGAUAGUGCUGAAUUGGUUGCACAACUCCGUGCUGAGCAUCACAACGACAGAUCUAACGCAGGCAUUGACGUCAUUUCUGGAUCUGUUGGAGAUAUGGAACAACUGGGAAUAUCGGAGGCCUUCAAGGUUAAACAGGCGGUAUUGCUGUCUGCAACUGAGGCUGCAGAGAUGAUCCUAAGGGUCGAUGAAAUCAUUACCUGUGCCCCACGUAGGCGAGAAGAUAGAAUGUGAGUCAGUCACUACUACUGCCUUUUUACGGAUGUUUAUUUAUUUCUAUUUUUUCUGUUAUGUACCUCGGAUUUUGGGUAGUAGUUACUAUGCAGGAUAAAUUAGUGGGUUGCUCCUUGGAAUUGUUUUGUUUAUUUUAUGUUCCUCAAAUUGAUGCUAAAGAUUUAUUAUGUGUCACGAAUGAAAGUUGUGAUAGAGAAGAUCCUAUUGCU